AUGACGGUCCCCGCAAGCGUCAGACUUGGAGGGCCCGCUGUUUCUGCUAGACCCACUGGUCAACAGUGGUUGAAGGACUUUUUCGCGGCUUGCAACGGUGGAUGCCGUGUUGAUUUCCUUCCCAUUCAUUGGUACGGAGAGGGCACCGCCAACUUUGACCAAUACGUUCAAGUCAUGCACAACAUGUUCAACAAGCCUAUUUGGGUUACCGAGUUUGCACCUACCAGUGGUGACGCUUUAGCUUUCAUGAGAGACACCCUCACAUUCCUCGACAGCAUUCCUAUGUCGAACGAUAUGCCUGGUUUGCUUAUGCUUCAACUCCCGCAAUUGGUAAGAUCGACUUAUCCACCCGUGCUGAUACAGAAUCUAAAUCAUUCACUUUUUGUAGGCUUGUUGGAUGGUAAUAACAACAUCAACAACUUGGGGAACAUCUACAUUAAUGGCGCUUAA